AUGCCAGCAACAGAGAUGGAAGAUAAGGCAGUGCCAGAGAUGUGCUACUUCUCCCUAGUCCUCCUUCACUGCUGCCUUGAACAUCUGCUGCCUCACCAGGCAGCCAUCUUCUGCCACUUGGCGGCCAUCAUCAUUCUGCUUCUCAAGAUCUGGAAGACCAGCUCGUGGCUCUUUGCACUGGUUUUCACAACUCAUUACCUGGAUCUCUUCACUUCAUUCACUUCAUUCUAUAACACUUUUAUGAAGCUUAUCUACAUUGCUUGCUCAUAUGCCACAGUCUACCUGAUCUACGUGAAAUUUAAGGCUACCUAUGGUGGCAACCACAAUACGUUCAGGGUGGAGAUUCUUGUGGUUCCAGUUGGUGGGUUGUCAUUCCUCAUCAAUCAUAGUUUCUCUCCUCUAGACAUCUUGUGGACCGUUUCCAUCUACCUGGAGUAGGUUGUUAUCUUCCCUCAGCUUUUCAAGAUCAGUAAAACUGGGGAAGCAGAGACCAUCGCCACCCAUUACCUUUUCCUUUUGGGGCUGUAUUGUACCUUGUGCCUUGUCAACUGGAUCUGGCACUACUCCUUUGAGGGAUUCUUCAACCUCAUAGCUAUUGUGGCUGGCGAGGUCCAGACCAUUCUGUACUGUGACUUCUUCUAUUUGUGUGUUACGAAGCUGUUAAGGGGGAAGAGGGUGACCGAUCUGCAGCAUGGCCUUUUUUUGGGUGGUUCCUUUUCACUGUCUGGAGAGCUGGUUGGAGCCCCCGUUAUGAAUAACCGAAGGAAUGUGGACAAGAUGCUCCCACCUAGCAGUGAAGUUUGUGCCAAAGUUUUCAGCACACAUCGCCUGAAGCUCUAA